AAUCCGAUUAUUCGUGUAAGGCCACGGAUAAACGAGCGAAACGGUGUACCGUUUGUUGCCUUACUUUGUUGUGACAACAAACGAACAAAGUGAAAAUUGCGUAGCAUAAAAACAUAAUUUCUCUACGUUACAAUCGGUCAGAAGUGCAUAAAGUUUACUACUAAAUUGUUACCGCUCGCCGAAAGGAACACAGUCCGUGGAAGCAAUCAUGACGAAGGUGGAAAUUCCGCUCAAGAACAAAUCGGACCCAUCGGAAACAUUCAUUCAAAACGAGAAGGACGUUGAGGUGCGGGUACGGGCACCAAAAAAGGUGUUGCAUUUUAGCGAUGGCACGCUGGAAGAGUUUAGCGACGAUGAGGAGGAUCAGGUCGAUAAAUCAGAACCAGUAUCAGUGGAUGAGUCGAAACUGAACUGGGGCGAAUGGAUGCGUUACAAAACGUGCAAGCUGGGAAACACCGUGCUGGCUGGAUGUGAUUACGUCGGUGAAGGACUCGCAUCGUUCCUGGGCAUUACGACACCGAAGUACAGCUAUGAGAUCGAAGAAUUCAAACGAAUGCAAGCGGAACAGCAGGCCGAAGAUCGUGCAAUCCAAACGUUCGUGGAACAAAACCGUCCUCAGAAUGCGUGCCAUAGUGUUUCACAAGCACCAUCCGCUACAAACUCGACGGCCAAUCCCACGAACUGCAAGGACAGUAGUGAAGUUUGUGUGGAAAACGAAAUUCAAAAAUUUUGAACCAUUUUCUUACGUGUAUUACCUUACCGACCCUAGGUGGACAUAAUUGAUAAGGCAUCUGUAUAAGCACUUCCCGUUCGUUGUGCAAACGACCAGUUGAUAUAAUGAAUGUAUUAUAGAACGGAACGAAUGUAUGUUUAAUAAUUUAAAACAAAAUCGAAUCGGAAAAUCAAAGCACAAAUGAAGCUAGGAAAGCGGGGACGCUUUUGAGGGUGAAAUAUGUAUCUCUUAAGUAUUGAGGCAUGGUUUAGAGAACGAAAUAUUUGAAUGAUAGGUGAAUAAGGAUUGAAUUGGAAUUGUGAAUAAGAUCUCCCCUUGAUAAUGUGAACGGUAAUUACACUAAAUGACGGUGUAGUUGCGAUUUCAUCAAAUUUACCUUUUAUCAAAGCGAUUUAAAUUUAUAAAUAUUUAAAAUACCGUAAUCUUAACAGAUUAUAAGUAAAGAUUGCAUUUUGUACAAACAUCACUUUCAAUUAGAGAAAUAAACAGAAUGAUUUGAAAAGCAAAA